AUGGACCCAUCUUGCGAUCUGCACACAUGCUCAAGUAAGACCGACAGUUUGUGCCAGUCGCCACGACGCUUUGAGCUCAGCUUGCAGUGGACUAUCGGCGCAAAGUCCACUUCUCAUCAACCGACUCGGUUGUCGUCUUGGAUCACAUGUUUCACGAGCCCACCAAUGCUUGCUUCGUCGGUACAACCGACUCAAGUUGACGCAAAACUCUUCGCUCAAAUGGACAUUUGA